AUGGCAAACUCAACACAGGGCGACGAGGGCCUCCCCAGCGCGGCGCUCUGGGCCUCCCAUAACAAGAUGGUCAUGGAGCCGCUCGAGAGCAACGACCCGGAGGUGCACGGCAUCAUCAAGAAGGAGAAGCAGCGGCAGAGGCUGGGGCUGGAGUUAAUCGCGUCGGAGAACUUUGCAAGCCGAGCGGUCCUGGAGGCCUUGGGAUCCUGCCUGCACAACAAAUACUCGGAGGGCUACCCGGGCCAGAGGGAGAACGCCCGCCUCUUCCACCCCAAGCUGAUCAUAGCAGGUGUCAGCUGCUACUCGCGCAACCUGGACUACGCCCGCAUGCGGCAGAUCGCCGACGCCAACAGUGCCUAUCUCAUGGCCGACAUGGCCCACAUCAGCGGGCUGGUGGCUGCCGGCGUGGUGCCCUCCCCCUUCGACCACUGCGACGUCGUCUCCACCACCACCCACAAGACCUUGCGGGGCUGCAGGGCCGGCAUGAUCUUCUACCGCAAAGCUGCCUGAGCUGGCACCCGCAGCGUGGACCCCAAGACGGGCAAGGAAACACUCUACAACCUGGAGAGCCUCAUCAACCAGGCGGUCUUCCCCGGGCUGCAGGGAGGCCCGCACAACCACGCCAUCGCAGGUACGCAUCUGGGCUGGCCGCCAGCUCCGGGAUGGCAGAGGGAGCCGGCAGAGACGUCCGGGCUGGGCUCGGACCCCCCGCAGCUGCCCCCAGACCUGCACAGCAGGGGCACGGACGGCGGCCGAGCCGAGCGGGUGCUGGAACUCUGCUCCAUCGCCUGCAACAAGAACACGUGCCCUGGUGACGUCAGCGCCCUGCGCCCCAGCGGCCUGCGGUUCGGGACGCCGGCUCUCACCUCCCGCGGCUUCCGGCAGGACGACUUCUGCAUGGUGGCUCGGUACAUCCACAGAGGCAACGGCGCAGAAGCUUUGGAAGGAAAGUCCUCGGCAUCCAGGCUCAGAGAGGAGCAGCUCUGCCCCGUCCAGCGCUACCCAGGAGCGCCCCGGGAGAGGGACGACCUGUCCCGGGAAGCGCCAGGAAACUCGGGAAAAAGCAGGAAGCGACAGACCAUCUGCUGCACGCAGGCGAGUAACUGCGAGCUGCCACCCCGCCAGGGAGCUUCCCAGCUACGCUCACGCCGGACACUGGUGGAUUAA